AUGAUAGCCUUCAGUUCAGACACUCUCCUCACCAAUGUAAUGGCCACCAAGAACACUACCUUCCAUGAAAGUUUUUUCUCUAGCAGAGCCAAGCCUCUCUCAACCCAGGAUGCAGACUGUGAUGACCCUGAUGUCUUUGAAGCUGUGGAUAUAGCACUGAGAAAAUAUAACAGAGAAAAAACAGAUGGCAACCAGUUUGCUCUGUACAUGGUGAUGGAAGCCAAGAGAAUUGCAGGCCCUGGCAAACAGUUCUUUGUGAUGUACCGAAUAAGAGAGAGCUCUUGUGCUGUUGGGGGAGAUAAACUCUGGCACAAUUGUGAUUACAGAGCAUCUGCAGAAGCUGAAUCAGGUGAAUGUAAAGCUCAAGUUUAUGUUGACAAGACUGAGAAAAUCAGUAAUGUUACACAGGAAUGCAGAAUUAUCCCAGUUGAAGGAAAGGUGAAUCUUUCCCAUGUCCCGUGUCUUGGAUGCUAUCAUCCCAUACCGGGGGACAGCCUACAAUUGUUACCCAUUUUGAGAUAUGCUAUUCGGAUCUUUAAUAAACAGAGUGACCAAUCUUCCCUUUUUGAAGUUGGUGAAGUAAUAAAAGCCUCCAGGCAGGUGGUGGCUGGAUGGAAUUAUGCAGUUGAAUAUGAAGUCAAGGAGACUAGUUGCACCAAGAGUAAUUUUCAGGAUUUAAGUCCUGAAUGCAAACCCAUUGUUGGAGGUCAUGUAGGUACCUGUGAAGCCAAGGCCUAUGUGGAUCUUAAUAACACAAUUGUGGAUGUUGCACAGAAAUGCAAGUUUCCAGUUGAUGAAACUGCACCUCCUCGCAUUUCCAUUUGUGCUGGCUGUCCAAAGCCCAUCCCAACUAACAGUACAGAAUUGGAGGAACCACUGAGAGCUUCCCUUGAGAAGUAUAACGAAGAGAGCAAUGAUGUCUUCUAUUAUAAAGCUGAAGCAAUAUCACAUGCCACCGUGCAGGUGGUUGCUGGACUAAAUUAUAACAUAACAUUUAGAAUCAGGAAGACGAACUGCUCAAAGACAGUUGUCGAGAAACUGAGUGAAGAUUGUGUUGCAACAAUAGACGGUAAACCUUUGCAAUGCACAGCACAAGUUUACAUGAUACCCUGGACAAAGGCAAUACACCCUAAGGUUAGAUGCACCGAAGAGGAGGGUGAACCAGAACAUGGACAUGGACAUGAGGAUGAACAUGGGCGCAGACAUGAUACUAGGCGUGAACCUGGACAUGGACAUGGACAUGGACAUGAGGAUGAACAUGGGCGCAGACAUGAUACUAGGCGUGAACCUGGACAUGGACAUGGACAUGAGGAUGAACAUGGGCGCAGACAUGAUACUAGGCGUGAACCUGGACAUGGACAUGGACAUGAGGAUGAACAUGGGCGCAGACAUGAUACUAGGCGUGAACCUGGACAUGGACAUGGACAUGGACAUGAGGAUGAACAUGGGCGCAAACAUGAUACUAGGCGUGAACCAGAACAUGGACAUGGACAUGAUGAUGAACACAGGCGCAGACAUGAUAUUGGGUGUAGACGAGAACAUGAACAUGAGGAUAAACAUGGACUUGGGCAUGGGCAUGGAAAACAUAAGGAUAAACAAAAGAAGGAAAAGGAUAAACAUAAACAUUCAAAAUAUGAGGCUCCUGAAGAAUCCCAUGAGAAGGUCACUGACCAAAAGGAGACACUGCUAGCUGCAGUAGCUGAAAUACCAGAAGGUACACAAUCUCCUAAGCCUGAUCUGAUAGAGCUAGAUGUGCUAUCUAGUACUCAGCAGUCCACAACAGAUCUAACAGAUGGUUUUAUUGAGAUCCCUGAUCUCCCUGCAGAAAAAGACAGCCUUGGAAUUAUUCCUGAUUUUCCUUUAUUUGACGUGUUGCCAGAUCUCCCAGAACCAUCUGUCCCAAAGUGUCCUGGAAAGCCAUGGAAACCAAUCAUAGACUCAACUACUACUAACAAACCUAAAGAACUGACAAAAGAGGAUCUUUUACCACAUCCAUCUGAACGCACCAUCCCAACACCAGAAAAAUAAGUACCUACCCCCAUGGUGCUAAGAUUUUGAUCUCAUGGAUUUUCUACUGUAAUUCAAACAAUUUAUGGUCCAUUUCUUUUAGGCAACAAACAGAAAAUCAUAAAAAUUAUUUUUUGUUAAAUGUAUAAUACUAUAGAGCAGUGAUUCUCACCUUGUUAGCUAUGAUACUUAAAAGGGUCACCAGCAGUUUUCUGGAGGAAUUUAGAGCAUGAGCCAAUUCUCUGUGCCUGACUCUC